UCUAAUCAAAUGGAACUUUGUUUAGCACAAAUAACUUAUAGAAUUUUGUAACUGACAAGACAUCAUUAAUGAAAAAACAACCAUGUUUUUAUGCUAUCGUAAUAUAUUAAAUUGGCUAGUAGUCUAUGUGGUGAUGUUAAAUGAAUUUUUAGGGUCAUGUAAAACCUAUAUUAUAUUAUAGUGAAUGUAAACAAGUGGGACAAACAUUGGAUAUACGUCUGUCAAUGUCAAGUCAAAUGUAUUUGUAUUGCACUUUUCACAGUACACAUUGUUUCAAAGCAGCUUUACAGAACUGUUUCCAUUUUCUUAAAAUACAUAAUACAUCAUUGAAAAUGUGAAUUAAAGUUAUUAGUGUCAGUAUCAAUUAGCCAUAUAUAACAUUUUAGAGUAAAAUAUUAGAAAGGACUGAAUUGAUGUUUGCAAUGUUUUAAGACUCACAGAUAUUAAUUGUUACAUGAGAUUAGAAUUAAUAGUAAACAAGUGGGACAACAACAAAAAAUGUAAUACUUGUCAAAGGUUUGUGCAUUAAGCCUAGCGGUGUAAAUAUAGCAUUGCUAUGAUUAGUUGAGUUUCUAACAGCACCUAUAGGCUUACUCUGCAUAUGAUUUAACACUGAGUUAUGUUAAAGGCACACUAACUAUUUUCUUUUACCUUUUAGCUGUCACACAUUGUUCUCCCCCACACUUCUGAAUCAUUUGUUGAAACCAGAGCAGAACAAAUAGAACUUAUUAAAGAAAGGGCAAGUGAAAAUAUAGUGAAAUCCCAGAAAAAGCAUUUUACUCUUUAAUGCACGAAAAAAAUUAUGGAAGGGGGUAGAAUCCAGCCAGACUUUUCUGGGCCCUACUCCAUUUCCACUAUCAGAGGGAAGACUGUUGUACUAAAAAAUCAGGAAGGACUUAUUUUGAAAACCACAUACAUUUUAAACCUUGUAAAGCAUACAAGGAAGGACACAAAAGAAAUGUUAGCUGAACAGUGGCAAGCAGUGCAAGGCCAACUUGAGUUGCAUGUUGACCAGGUGAGACUGGAUGAGAAGUACAGUGAAUUGGAAAGUAUCAGUCACAUUCAGUGAAAGGGAAAGCCGUAGAGUUGGAAGUUGACUAGGUGACACUGGAAGAUAAGUCCAGAACAGUGGAAUGGGAAUGAGGUCAACCUUUUAAGAAAGAAGAAAGUCUACCUCAGAAAUGGAAAGAGAGAGGAAAUAAAAAGACAACAGGACAAAAGACAAAUGUCUCAGAUUCUCAAGUUGUCAGAGAAGGUGAUCAUGAUUGUAGACCCAGGCAAAGAAGAUGCUGACAAAAGAAAGAUGCAUAGAAACUGGAGGUCAUUGCUACGGAAGCGUAUUGCAUUCACCACAGAAAUGUUUUUUUAGACACCUUAUCUCGUAAUAUUGAGAAAAGAUCUCGUAAUUAUGAGAUCAUUUUUAACACCUGGAAGGCGGCAUAUCUCAGUAGGCCACGGUUCAGUGAUCAACUGUACCACCGAGAGGUAACAUUACAUUCAGAUGGGUUAAAUUAGCAUGAUACUUCUAAUGUAACUUUUUAGUAUUAGUUAAUGGAUUAAAUGUCUUUGCUCGUAGAUUUAAGGUUUGUAGAUAACGGUUUUAUGAUUGUGCUUUUUUUGUUAUUAAUUUGUCGAUUUGUUACACCACACCAACAUGAUGGUCUGUGGGAUUUUCUCCGAAAGCGAGGUGUUGCUGAACAAAACAUCAACCAGAUGCAACAAGACAUGAUCGACACAUCACUUAUCAGAGAAAUAGAGGACGCCUACCUUGCACGCUAUAUACCAGUGUAUGGGGACAGGAUUACUACGAGGCAAUACUGCCUGGACAAACAAAAACGAGAAGAAGACAACAGCUCAAAGAUGUCCCUUCUUGAAAAACUGCGAAAGAGAAUAAGGACAUCAACAUCAAGCCAUAGUGAGAAUUCUGAACAGGAACCUUGGACCGCAAGAAAAGUAAGAGCUGAUCCAUCAAAAAAUGCUUUGAAGACUUCAAGGAAAAUUGAGUUGGGGUGGAUCCAUGAGGGAAAACAAGUGAGGAAGCGUUCUGGUGGGGGCACCAGGGUACUUGACGUAACCAAGGAUUCAUCCAAAAAAGACCUUAUGUCUCAUGCAAAAGAACUGUUUUUUCCACAUGGUGAAUCAAAAAAAGGAAAAUGGGAAGACUUCAUGCACAAUGUUUAUGACUUUAAGGAAACAGAACUUGAUGAGACCACUACUGUUGGUGAGUUGUACACAAUGUCAAAAUGUGGGAUUUUGCGUUUUUACCUAAGAACAAAAUGCUGCAAAGUAGAAUCUGACACAGAGGAGGACAACAAGAUGGACAGACAUGGUGACACUAAAGGAGGGCAGCAGAGACAGACAGAUUAUUCUGAUCAGCACCAGGAGAAGCCAGUUUUAAAUGAAUCAGAGACCGAACCAUUGAGUACAGCUGAAGACUGUAAUCAUGGGAGCUCCAGCGCCCAUUCAGCUGUUGUGGACCUAAUUGGUCUCAUGAUUCAGAGGUUUUCAUAGGUAGCCUGGUAGCUGUAUCCUCUGAAAGCCACCUGGAUGACACUCUUCCAGUGUUCCUUUCCACAGAAGAAGUCACCAGUGUGGCCAUCUGACUCUUAAUUAUUCCGCGUUUUACAAGACUACUUGCAAAUAAACAAAUACAUGUUCAUGAAACAUUGAUCUGCGUUGAAAUGAUGUGAGAACAAAUAUGUAGUUGAACUGCUUGAAUCCACCUCUAAGUUUUGUUGCUGUGAAUUUUAUGAAAUUAUAAGACUGUUAUAAGCCUGUUAUAAGACUACUUGCCAAAUGAAUUAAUAA